AUGAAGUCCACCACUGUUGCCAUUGGCCUUCUCGCCGGCCUCGCCUCGGCCUCCUACAACCACCCCCGCCACUUCCACGCUCCGGCUCCCUACUACCGCCGUGACAACACCACCGCUGAGGCCGCUGCCUCUCAGACCACCCUGACCGUCCAGGUCACCUCGGUCUACACCGUCACCAGCUGCGCUGCCACCGUCACCAACUGCCCGGCUCGCAACAACACUGCCGCCAUCACCGAUGUUGCUGCCACUGACCUGACCACUGCCGUUGUUACCAAGGUCAUUGACCUGACCACCACUGUCUGCCCCGUCACCGCUGCCGAGUCCGUCUCGUCCUCGGUUGUUGAGGCCCACAGCUCUGGUCUCAUCCCUGGCUCGACCCACGAUGUCACCCCUACUGCCACCGGCGACAACUCUGCCGUCACUGAGGUCUCCGCUUCCGUUGGCACCACCGAUGUUGCCUACACCGUUACUGUCGGCCCCGAGAGCUCUCGCUCUGUCAUCACCACCACCGUCAAGUCGACUUACACUGAGCAGGUGACCGUUACCAAGACCAAGUCUUCCGUCACUGCUGCCAGCAACUCGCCCGAGGACACCACCAGCGAGGGUACCACCACCACCACCUCCACCAGCACUGGAACCCGCACCGUCACCAUUUCCAAGGUCUCUUCCACCGCUACCGCUACUGCCGUCUCCACCGGAACCAGCACCAGCGACAACUCCGCUGUUGGCUCCGACUCUGACUCCGAGUCUUGCCCUGAGGCCGUUACCGUCACCGUCACUGCCGCUGCUAGCACCGUCUACGUUACCCAGACUGCUGCUUCUGGCUCCGAGUCUUCGGCUGCCGCUGUCGUCUCUGACGCCGCCGCUGCUACUUCCUCUACUGCUUCUUCUGCUGCUGCCACUACCACCUCGGCUGGCAGCACUGAGAACUCCAGCGGUUCUGACGACUCUUCCUCCUCUGACGAUGAGGAUGAGUGCGACGCCGAUGACAGCGACGAUGUUGUCACUGCCACUCAGGUCGCCACCGUUGUCCCCUACCCCGUCGCCUCUGGCAACGGCACCUUCCCUGCCCCCACUGCUGUCCCCUCCAGCUUCCUCCGCCGCCACUAG